AAUUGUAGGGCUCGUAUCUUGACGCGUGUCCCGACAGUCUGCCUACCUUAGUUGGCGACUAGAAAACCUAACUAACCUAAGUGAAUGAUAUCACCACGUAGCGAGGCAGGCAACAUGCUACAUCUUGCCACUUCUUCAACUCGCACUAAAUGGUCGAUGAAUGUAUAUUGCAGUAGCUAAACUUUUCAGAAUAUGUGACAUUAUCCGUUUUGACAUUAGUUUGUACUUAAUCGUUUAAAAUAGUAAUUUUGCCAAGUAGUGAUGAUUGGACUUUAACGCCCUGGUUACUGAAAAUGUAUUAGCUGGACAAGAAAUCUAUUUCAGGGACAUUUUAUUCGUUAUCUGCAUUUCGCUGCUGUAGAAUGGAUUACUUUGAUUGAACUGCUUACGACAUGACUGUUGUGAACAUGAUGCAACAACAGCUGUGCCGAACCCGGUUGCUGCUAUCAACCGGACCACUAACUCUGCGUUCAAAUGAUUCUGUUAGCUUGGGACGCUUAAAUGCUUCUUGUCGUGCCUUUAGUGUUGCAUGUAGGAGCACGAUUCGGCCGCUGCAUCAACCCUCAGGAGCACCUGAAUGGUCUAAAAACACUUAUAGUGGAUGUUCUUUCACAUGUGUUCCUAAAAAUAAAAGUUUCUGCACGACUUCUGUAUUCAGUCCCAGUAAAAAGAAAUAUGGGGUAUUUUCUGCGGGAGCAUUACGGAAGUACAGCCACCAAGCAUCGUCUUCUGUACACCCACAACGCUUCUUGGAGCCCCUUGAGUGGAGUUAUGCAUCGAUGCCUGGGGAGGAACCGUUGCUGGGGCUCACCAUGGGUCAGGUCCUCGCAAGGGCGGGUCAGAAGUUCCAGGGGCGCGAGGCAGUCGUGUCCGUUGCCCAGGACAUUCGCGUGACGUAUGAGCAGCUCCAGCGAGACAGCCUGGAAAUGGCUGCGGGCUUGGUGGGCUUGGGGCUGGAGGCGGGCGACCGCGUGGGCAUCUGGAGCGGCAACAACUACGAGUGGGUUGUGACGCAGUGGGCGGUGGGCAUCGCUGGACUAGUCUUGGUGAACAUCAACCCGAGUUACGUGGCCAGCGAGCUGCUCUACUGCCUUAAGAAAGUCGACGUCAAAGCUCUAGUCAUGUCGCCAACGUUCAAAAAUGUCGAAGGUACGCUGAGCUUCUCGGAGCUGUCGUGCCUUGCCACGGCGGAGCACCGCGAGCUGCUGAGCCAGCGGGCGGCCGAGGUGCAGUUUGAUGCUCCCUGCAGCAUCCAGUUCACCUCAGGCACAACUGGUAACCCGAAGGCCGCGGUGUUGUCGCACCACAACGUCGUCAACAACGCUUACGGCAUCGGCUACCGCAGCGGCUACCACCUCAAGGAGUACGUGAUUUGUGUGCCGGUGCCGCUGUACCACUGCUUCGGGUGCGUGGCGGGCACCCUCACUGGGGCGCUGUUUGGCGCCACUUUGGUGCUGCCAUCGCCCGCCUUCAGCGCCCGCGCCGCCUUCGACGUCCUCACCUCCGAGCCGGUGACGUCUUGCUACGGCACACCCACGAUGUACGUGGACAUCUUGGCAGCCGCGCGUCGCGCCGCAGAAGAGGGCGGGACCAGGACGGUGGUGCCCAGCCUUAUGACGGGCCUCAUGGCGGGGGCGCCGUGCCCUCCGGAGCUCGUGCAAGCUGUCAUCACGGAGCUCGGCAUGAAGGACUUUAUGGUUAUGUAUGGGCUGACGGAGACAAGCCCUGUGUGCUUCCAGUGCAGCCCCAACGACCCUCAGGCGACCCGGUCCCAGACUGUGGGAUACCCGUCAUCCCACCUCGAGGUGAAGGUGGUUGACGGCGAUGGUCGUGUUGUGCGAGUGGGGGAGGAAGGGGAGCUUUGCGUGCGAGGCUACAGCGUCUUCCUCGGCUACUGGGGCGACCCUGUCAAAACUGAGGAGGUCAUCAGCCAGGAUCGCUGGUUCAAGACCGGUGACUUGGCUGCCAUGGACUCCAGCGGGUACGCCUUCAUCAGAGGGCGCAAGAAAGAUAUGAUCAUCAGAGGCGGCGAGAACAUCUACCCCGCCGAGCUGGAGAACAUUUUCAUGGCGCAUCCCUUUGUGCUCGAAGCCCAGGUGUUCGGGAUCCCUGACCCCCGCCUGGGGGAGGUGGUGGUGGCGUGGCUGCGCCUGCAGGAAGGGCGUCACCUCACGCAGGAGGAGUUCCAGGCGUGGUGCCGCGACCGCGUGGCGCCCUUCAAGGUCCCGGCAGUCGUCAUGAUGAGGAAACAGUUUCCCGUCACCGUCACCGGCAAGAUCCAGAAGUUUAAAAUGAGGGAUGAGACCAUCGAGCUGCUAAAAGCACAGUGACACAUGACGUCUUGACGCAAGAUCUGAUAGAAUAGCGAUGUGUUAUCAUCAUUGAGGGUGAAAAUACCACCUAGCCGCGCCACAGAGACCGCCGAGAACAACACCUCUUGGCUGUCCUGCUCAUACGAUUGUCUUCCGAGAAAGCCCUACUCUUCCGCUAAACACUGCCUCAAUUACGACCUGGUCUUAGCAGCUCCGUAAUAUCGUCUAGUUUGUGAUAGGGCUUUCUCCCUCUUUUCCUGAUGGCCGGGACUCGAUGUAAUUCGCCAAGCAUUUUUCUUCAGAAACUUCACUGCCCACUACAGUCAUCCACUCCGUUUUAUAGGCAGCAGAUCUGCCCAAGGGUUUUCUAUAGUCUGCUUUUCUACUCUUUCCAUCACUUGUUUCGUCUGCCCCAUGAACUGCCAUCUUAGGUGCGUGGGCCGCAAACAAAAACUUGAUGCGUGCGUUCAACCUAAUUUUAUAAGCAAGGAUAUUGCUGAAUGCAGAGCUCUCGCAGGUUUGAACCAUUCGGAGUCUUCUGUCUUUAGCGUACGGCGAAAAAAAACUCUGAUAAAAAUCGAACACCGUAAAAAAUUCAGCUUUGAAACGAAUUAAUCCACUCGCCAACGCAAAGCCUUGAAAUUAGUCUAAUAAAAAGACACGAAGUGUACGGUACUAUAGUUCUAUAAUUGUAUACCGACGACGCGUUUAGAAUUGAACCAUUUUCUGUGACGAAGUUCGUUUUUUACUCUCGCACUUGCUGAGUUCGAUAAUUGCAAAUUAUUUUCACAAUUAAAAACGGAUUCAUUCUCUUUUAGUGGGUCUCAUUGAAAUUAUUUUUCCCUAUGAGAAUCAAUCCUCACGCGGAGCCUAAUACAUUUCUCACUAGUAGCUUCAUUGCAUCACAUAGCGUAAACAACGUAA